AUGGCUGCUGAAGGAUUAGAAAAGAUUACUGAAGUUCCAGUUGAAUUCUUUAAAGAUGGAAGUGCAUUCGUUAAGAAAUGUACAAAGCCAGACCAAAAGGAAUACUUUAAGAUUAUUAGAGCUGUAGGUAUUGGAUUCAUCAUGAUGGGUGUUGUUGGUUAUGCUGUUAAAUUGGUACACAUCCCAAUUAGAUACUUGAUUGUUUAG